AUGUCCGCAGACAAGACAGUGGUCCUGAUCACAGGUGCCAACAGCGGCAUUGGAUUCGACACUUGCGCCGCCUUUGCUGAAGCAUCUUCUGAAUACCAUGUCAUUCUCUCCAGUCGGUCGCUGGAAAAGGGCCAGAAAGCGCUUGACGAGCUUCGCUCUCAGAAUACCCUUCGCGGGACCAUCUCUCUCUUGCAGCUCGACGUCACCGACGGAGACUCCAUCAACCGGGCAAGACAGCACAUCGAGCAGCAAUUCGGCGGCCGGCUCGACGUCCUGAUCAACAAUGCCGGCAUCAUAUCGAGCGAAAGCGACCUCCUGGCCAACCUUCGCCAGACCUUCGAGACAAACACCUUUGGUCCAGCCAUAGUCAUCAAGACGUUCGUACCGCUGUUGAAGAAAUCGGCAAAGCCGCGAAUUGUCUACAUCAGCUUGUGUGGCGAUCCGUCGUACAAGCACUACCGCAACCCUCAUCUAACGUACCGGAUGAGCAAGGCGGCACUGAACCUCCUGUCCGUGUACCAUCAGAUCGAGUUUGAGUCGUGGGGGUGCAAGGUCUGCGCGUACAACCCGGGCUACGCGGUGACGAACCUGACGGGCGAGGCAGGGCGAGCGAUUCGGAUCAAGAACGGCGCGCGCCCCUCGACAGAGAGUGCGAAAUACUUGCUCGAGAUUGCCCAGGGCAAGAAGGAUGGCGAUGUGGGCGGUAUAGUGGAUGUGGAUGGUGGUGUGAGGCCGUGGUAG